AAAUGAAUGUUUUUAAAAGGAAGCAUUGCCCAUUGUGGAUUGUAUGUUUAAUUUGUGUUUUUCUGAUGGCGUCGCGGACUAAUGCCGCGGCUGGAUCGCAAGGUGUGCCAACAUGGAUGUGUCUUGGACUAAGAUCGCCAUUUAUUGAAUUUGGAAGUCAAGAGGAACAGCUGGCGAAUACAAGUAUUCCUCUUAAUAUCACUAAAGAUGAACAAGCAUAUAUGCAUCAAGAGGGUCUGCGUAAACUUGGUACUUUUAUAAAACCUGUAGAUUUGCGAGACUCUCAGACUGGUUUUGUAAAAGCAGAUCUCACUAAAAGACUGACAAAUGAUCCGCCAAGAUCUCGCCGGAUUCAUCCGAUACAGGAAGAAAUGGAUCAGAAACAAAUUGUACUUCUUGAUGAUGAUACUGAUGAAAAUGGUCUGCCCGCUAGCUUAACUGAUGAGGAUCGCAAGUUUAUAGUGCCAAUGGCACUAAAAAAUGCAUCACCUGAUCCUGGGUGGCUUGAUUCUGCCUCUUCCCAUCCACCAGUUGUAAAAUCGACAUUCGUAGCCGCUUCCAAUACACAACGUCGAGCCACGCAAAUAGCACAUAGCAGUACAUCGACGAAACUAGAAGUGGACCCUACUUCCAAUAUAGACGAUUUGAAGAAGCACAUACUAUUCUUGCACAAUAUGACUAAAACCAAUACAAACUUUGAGUCAAAGUUUGUUAAAUUCCCAAGCUUGCAAAAAGACAAAGCUAAGCAGUCUGCUGGUUCACCAACGAACGUGAAACGUCCGCCUAGACCGGUUUUCCAAUAUGCAGCGCCGAUAGCGCCGCCCACACGCAAAGUUCCGCACGGCGCACAUACUCCAGGUCAACAGCCGUUUGGCGGUUACUACCAUAACGAUGAAGAUAUAAAUACUUUGUCGUCUUUUCUUAAACCAGUUGCGGAUACCAAUGAUUCUGCUCAAAGCGAUGGGAAUAGAAAGUUGGAUAAUAUUCCCAUAGUGCCUCAAGUACACUUGUUGAAUGAGGAUGAGUCAACGACCCGGUCAACCACUGAAGAGACAGUGCCCACCAUAGUAAGUCCAGGAAAUUUGGAACCGGCACGCACAACGAAGCGCCCGGCUUGUCUUCGUAAUCCAGAAUCACCAAAAUGUAUACGUCAGCGGCGACGAGAAGAGCAACAGCGCCAACGGGAACGAGAUGAGUGGUUUCGAGGUCAAUCAGAAUACAUACAACCUCGGUUUCAGCCUAUCAUACAAACGAUCAAUAAUACUAGACGUUUCGCUGUCUCUAUUGAGAUACCAGAUUCCUUUAAAGCACAUUCCGCCUUGACUUCACCAUUCGACGAAGCAGAGGAUGAAAGGCUGAAUCGUAUGAAGCGCUCGCAACCAAGCGGUCAGAAAGCCAUGAAAGAAAUCACUGAAGGCUCAGCUGAAAAGAAAUUUGAUAAACUGGCUCGUGAAACUGAUUAUUUCGACCGAGAUAUUGUGAUGACAUCGGCAGAUGUCGCAAGUGAAAGCGAUUUCCUGAUCGCUAAGAUGACUCAAAACGGCUUGGUAUCACCUAAAGAACAGUACAAUGAUACAACUUCAAGACUAAAUGCCUACUCAGAAAAAAUAGACCUAAAUCCUAAUAGCUGUUAUAAAAUCAAUGGCUUAAGCUACGGCCAGAAAAAACAAUGUGUAAAGCAUACUAGUGUUAUGCCAGCGAUUAGUCGUGGUGCCCGUGCAGCUAUUCAAGAGUGCCAAUUUCAAUUUAAAAGUCGUCGCUGGAACUGCAGUACAACUAACGAUGAAACCGUUUUUGGUCCCAUGACAAGUUUAGCGGCACCAGAAAUGGCAUUUAUUCAUGCUCUUGCAGCAGCAACGGUGACCAGCUUCAUUGCCCGUGCGUGUCGAGAUGGCCAGUUAGCGUCGUGUGGCUGCUCGCGUGGGAAUCGGCCUAAACAGCUUCACGACGAUUGGACGUGGGGGGGUUGUGGUGACAACCUGGAAUACGCUUAUAAAUUUGCUACCGAUUUCAUCGAUGUGCGUGAGAAAGAGGCUCACCGUGAAACUCGCGGCGUUCGUAAAAGGACUCGCGAAAUUACCUUGAAGACUUUAAUGCAGGCUGACGCAACGUUCUUGAUUAACGCAAAAAAUGACACUAUCGAUAAUUCGUCAAAAGAACUCAGUAAAAAGUCGAGUGCUAACAAUAAUUAUUUACGUAAAGACCUUGUGGUAACAGCAACUCCAUUAAAACUUCAAAAAAAGGAGAAUAGUGGACCAGGCUUACCAGAUGAUCUAUUCGAGCUUCAGCAACGUAUUACGAAAGAAAUACUCAAUUCAAAAUUGGAGGGAAGGGAAAUGCUGGUAUUGCAGGAAAAAAUUUGUCGAGAGAUUUUAAACUCGAAAAUUUUUCAAGCAGACGGUAAAAGCAAACGACGGAAACGGAAGCGGAAGAAUCAACGGGCUGUAGUCGAAGACGCGCCUAUUGCUAGCAACAAUGACAGAGUAAAUUAUGUGGAUGGAGUGGAUACUUUAACCACAACAACUACCAAGGCUAGAAGCCUAAUGAAUUUACAUAACAAUGAAGCAGGUCGUCGGGCCGUCAUUAAAAAAACUCGAAUAACUUGCAAGUGUCAUGGAGUCUCUGGAUCAUGCAGUUUAAUUACCUGCUGGCAGCAAUUAUCAUCUAUAAGAGAAAUUGGUGAUUAUCUGCGGGAGAAAUACGAAGAGGCAACCAAAGUGAAGUUAAAUAAACGAGGACGCCUUCAGGUUAAGAAUUCGCAGUUUAAAGUACCCAAAGCGCACGACCUUAUUUACAUAGAUGAAAGUGCCGACUGGUGUCGAAGAAACUAUGUUCUGCAUUGGCCUGGUACGCAUGGACGGGUUUGUCACAAGAGCUCGUCGGGUCUAGAUAGCUGUGCCAUACUUUGCUGCGGUCGAGGCUAUAAUACCAAAAAUAUUGUCGUCCAUGAACGGUGUAAUUGCAAGUUCCAUUGGUGCUGCCAGGUUAAAUGCGAAGUUUGUACAAAGGUACUGGAAGAGCAUACAUGUAAAUAGAAUA